AUGAAAGACGGAGACGAACGAUACCCGCACAACGACGUGUUGGACACCGUUGCGCGUGAUUGUCUGAUUUUCUUCAACACUGCUAGCCGUCCACAAUUGCUUUCAACCCCUCGAGUAACUGACCGAAUCGCUACCAAGGUUAUAAGCGAACGACCAUUUGAGACAUUCGCUAAAUUGGAAUCAGCGAUUGCCACAAUUCCUCGAGGUACCGGUGUUCUGAACUCCUACAUGGAAUUCUUGGAGAAUCGUGGAAUUUUGGAGAAAAUUCUUGAUGACUGCAAGGAUCAUUCGUUAACUGUGGCUGCUGAAUUUGAAAAUUGUACCCAUCGCAACCUAAAACCGAAACUGCUUGAAAGCAGGUGCACUCUGCAUAAAUAUCAGAAUACUGGACUGAAUUGGCUUGUAAUGAUGCAUGAGAAAGGCUUCAAUUGCAUCCUUGGUGAUGAAAUGGGUUUGGGUAAAACAGUACAGUUAAUCGCAUUUAUUGCAUAUCUGAAAGAGGCAGGAAUCCGCGGUCCACACCUUAUCGUGGUGCCGUCGUCAACCAUAGAGAAUUGGAUGACUGAGUUCACGAAGUGGUGCCCGAAGAUCAGUGUAUGCAUUUUGGCGGUUUUAACGUACUACGGCAAACAGUUGGAACGCAAGCAACUUCGUCGUAUGGCCGAGAAGAGGAAAGAGAACACCGAUGUUAUUCUCACUACAUACAACAUGAUCUCUUCCAAACACGACGAUAAGAAGUUUUUUAAGAACUUCAGUUUGAACUAUGUAAUUUAUGAUGAAGGCCACAUGCUCAGGAAUUGUAGUACGGAUCGUUAUCGUAACCUCAUGAAAGUUAAGGGGAAACAUAAAAUUUUAAUGACGGGAACUCCUCUGCAGAAUAAUCUAAUAGAAUUGAUAUCACUGAUGUAUUUCGUGAUGACUGACAUUUUCACGAAAUACUGUGAUGAUAUUGCUCAACUUCUCCAACAUUUUAAGCAGCAUGGUCCAGCAUUGGAAUCUGCUUCUAGCGCUAUGUAUCAGAAAGAUAGAAUUGAACAAGCUAAACAAAUUUUACAACCGUAUAUGUUACGAAGGCUAAAAGUUCAGGUGUUAAGUCAUUUGCCAGAAAAACAUGAAAAUCUAAUAGAAGUGGAGAUGUUGGAAAGUCAAAAAGAAUUGUACGAAACAUUGCUUGACAGGUACGAUUUGUCUGAUUCUCUGUAUAAGUUCCUGUUCAUACGUACAUAUCCUAACAGCCAACAUCCGUCUCUCAAUACUGCUUAUCUUAAGAAUCAUUUUGAGGUAGAUUACACAAGCGCUUUUAGCGUUCAUGGUAUGGAUAGCGAUACAAAUAAUGCAUAUGGAGCUCUUAUGCACUUGCGACAAGCAGCAAACCACCCGUUACUAAGAAGGGUUCACUAUACGGAGUCAUUGGUAGACAAAGUCGCGAAAACUCUGUGUGCAAAGGAAAAGGCGUUUGAGAAGAAGCGAUGGGAAAAUGUAGCAGAGGAGCUCUCUUUUCAGUCUGAUUUUCAAAUUCAUAAACUAUGCGAAAAAUUCUUCAGUACGAAGAAGUAUCUCCUUGAUGAAGGUUUAGCUCUUGAGUCAGGAAAAUGUCGUCUACUGGACCAGUUAUUGCCGAAAAUAAAGGCACAGGUGACACGAUUAACUGCUCAACCCUCUGCGCUAUCGAUGUGUGAUACUCGAGAAUAA